UAACUUCAGUUCCCAGAAGCCUUGACUGGAGUAAAGGUGUGGAGGUAUCUACGUUGUGUGGUUUCACCGGUCUUCAUUUUCUGGCAUGUUGGAGCUGAAGUGUGUUCAUAGAGAGAGUUCUACAAAACAGGACAGAUAUCACAGACAUGGGAGUUCAGAUGAAGCCUUUAAUGCUGGGCGCUGCAUUUGCUGCUGUUUCCUGUACAACCAUCAUCGCUCUGAUUCUCUCUCUUGCUAAUCAUCAGACUUUGGAUCAGCCAUACUCAACACAGUAUGGGAUUGUGUUUGAUGCCGGCUCCACUCACACGGCCCUCUUCCUGUACCAGUGGCUUGGGAGCAAAGAGAAUAAUACAGGAGUAGUCUCUCAGAGUCUGAGCUGUGACGUGGAUGGUGAUGGCAUAUCCAGCUAUGUCCAGAACCCCCCAGGUGCCGGAGAAAGUCUUAAGAAAUGCUUGGAGUUUGCCAAGGCAGCAAUACCAUCAGGAAAGCAGAGGGCCACACCUGUGUAUCUAGGUGCCACCGCAGGCAUGCGGCUUCUUAGCUUACAGAACCAAAGUCAAGCAGACAUUAUUCUUGCUGAGGUCGCCAAAACUAUCCAAAGUUAUCCUUUUGAUUUCCGAGGGGCCAGAAUACUCACUGGCAUGGAGGAGGGGGCUUAUGGCUGGAUCACAAUCAACUACCUCUUUGAGAGCUUUAUCAAGCAUACUUUUGAGGGAAAGUGGGUCCACCCAAAAGCAGGACGGAUCCUUGGAGCUCUAGAUCUGGGUGGUGCAUCAACACAGAUCUCAUUCUCCCCUAAAAACCCAGUGAGUGUCCCAGAAUCAGCUUUUAAUCUCCAGCUCUAUGGCUACAAGUAUGAGGUGUACACACACAGCUACCAGUGCUAUGGCAAAGACCAGGCAUUGAAGAAGCUUCAGGCCUGGCUUCACAAGAAUGCUGGAGCAUCAUCGGUUGUCAAUCAUCCAUGCUAUCACCAAGGAUAUAACUUCACUCUUACAUUGGCUGACCUAUACAACUCCCCUUGUGUGGUCACACCAAACAAUUUUAACCCUACUGCAAAGAUCACCUUCCUUGGAAUCAGCAAUUCUUCCCUCUGUCUUUCUCUAAUGGAGAAAAUCGUUAACCUAACUGACUGCACCUUUUCUCCAGACUGUGGUAUCGAUGGGGUCUAUCAGCCUCCUGUUAAUGGCGAAUUCUUUGCUUUCUCGGCAUACUUCUACACAUUUGACUUCCUUGGUCUUGCCCCAAAAGCGCCACUAAACCUGGUUCUUUCUACUAUUGACACUCAUUGCAACAAAACCUGGAACACUCUUGUUGCCCAAAAUCCAGGCAUUAAGGCAAAAUAUCUGAGAGAUUAUUGUGCUUCUGCUCAGUAUAUCAUGACUAUUCUCCUGAAAGGACUCAAGUUCAAUAACACCUGGGAUCAAAUCUCUUUUGAAAAACAGGUUGCAGACACAGAUGUUGGUUGGACAUUGGGCUACAUGUUGAACCUGACCAAUAUGAUUCCUUCUGAACGGUCCAGAGCAAUAACAGGGGUGACGCAUAGUCAAUGGGCUGCUCAGACUUUCUUUAUUGUCUGUGCCCUCUUCCUCAGUCUACUUGUUAUAGUCAUCCUGUUUCUCCGUGAUCCAAAGCAUUAAGGUCUGUGUCAUCACAUGUGUGUGCAUGCUUACUUAAAAGUUUAUCUACGAUAUUUCAGACACCAGACAUAAAGAUCUCUUCACCAACAGCUCUUUUGACUAUUGUUUGUAAUGUAAUAUGUGAUGUUCUCUACACAAAGAGCUCACAAUGAGCUUAUAAAGAAUAGUUCUGAAGAAAAUAUUAGAUUUAUUUUUCUUGUUUUUCUACCAUUCUGUAGCAUUUAUUGCACAAUGUAGACUUUUAUGGUAGAAUUACGUUUAAACGUGGGUUAAGUAGUAAGUUAUUUAUUAUUGUUUUUUGAACAUUGACUAGUUAUACCUCAAUGAUUAAGUCUGUAUUAACUAAUAAUCUAUGCAGUUGAGUUACAUAGGUUUUUGCCAUUAAUAAACUCAGAAUUGAAAGGUUAUAGUUCACAUUUA